GAGAGAGAGAGAGAGAGAGAGGGAAAAAAAGUCACAAAAAAACUUUUCACUCCAAAUAAGAGCCCAGAAUUUAAUAACUUUGAACCGUACCAGGCCAUGGAGGCAGAACGCUGUUUAUCCUUCUGUUCUCCUCCCAGCAGGACGACACCCGAAGCCUCCCCGGGUUUGGAUCACAAUUCUGGGUCUUACCAAGCAAGUGAUGAACUUCAGAACCCUCAGCAUCCGCACCACCACCACCAGCACCGUCUCAGCCUCCGGGGCGACUUUUACAGCCCAGGCAGGAUCGGGAGGUUUCCAGACAGCUCCGGUGAAUUUGCGCACAGCGCGCCAGCAGCACCAGAUCCACGGGAAUCACCCGUGAAAAUACAGAACAAAUAUUUGGAAAGUAUGAGCCAAGGCCAGAAGAGUUUAGCAGUUAGCGGAAAGCCGAACUUUUACGAGAGCAGCCCGGAAGCAGCUGGAGAGAAGCCUCACUCCAAGCCCCUUGGCUUCCCCAUGCUGAAGGAGGCCUCCUCGGAGCUGGCGGGGGACUCGGACUCCAUCGACCUGUCCAGCAAGAACAAGAAGCGUCGGAACCGCACCACAUUCAGCACCUUCCAGCUGGAGGAGUUGGAGAAGGUGUUCCAGAGGACUCACUACCCAGACGUGUACGCCCGCGAGCAGCUGGCCCUGCGCACUGAGCUCACGGAGGCACGCGUACAGGUCUGGUUCCAGAACCGGAGAGCAAAGUGGAGGAAACGGGAACGCUACGGGAAGAUCCAGGAAGUCCGGAACCAUUUUGCUGCCACUUACGACAUCUCCAUCCUUCCGCACUCUGAAGCCUACCCCCAGAUUCAGAAUAACCUGUGGCCGGGCACUGGCUCCGGCAGCCCUGCAGGGAGCUGUGUUUUAUCCCACGACAGCAUGCCGUCCUCCUGCAUGACGCCCUACUCGCAUUCCCACGGGAACAUCCCCCCGGGGUUCAUGGGCAUCCCGGGCUCGCCCAGUCACCACCCGGGAAUCAACAGCCUCUACUCGCUGCACAGCUUUCCUGCCAGCCUGGGCGGCCACGCCUUCGACUCCGCCCCCGAGUCCGAGUACAAACCCGCCGGCCUCCUGGCUCUGCGCAUGAAGUCCAAAGAACCAGGCAGCCUGCUGUCCUGGACCACAUGACCAGCGGGAGGCAAGGACUAACACAACAGACACGCCUGAAGUGCAGCUACCAGCACAGCCGCUAGGGGGCGCGAGGCCAUGGCUCCUUGCAGGGUGUGAUACAGAACUCUAUCACCCUGCACCACCUGCUGGACACUUCAAGCAUUACAGGUCACACCUGUAUCGUUUUCUUCAAUUGUGUUGAAAAGCCUCCACAGGCUGUCAAUGGAUUCACAUUGCUACCCCACGUUUUUAUAGGGGUGACCAGGAGACCUGGGGAUAUUUAAAUAGCCCUUAUUCUUAAACAGGACGCUCCGGUACUUUGCAAGCGGUCUGUAACCUGAACGUUAUAGAAACAACGAGUGCAAAAAAAAAAACAGUAACUUAAAGCGAACAAUAUAUAUAUAUAUAUAU